AUGUCGAAGCGAAAGGUUUUGUUAAUGGGCAAAGGGGGUUCUGGCAAGACUUCCAUGCGGUCGAUCAUUUUUGCAAACUAUAUUGCAAGAGAUACCAACAGACUGGGUCCAACAAUGGAAGUAGAACAUGCGCAUGUACGGUUUUUGAACAAUCUUGUACUUCAUUUGUGGGACUGUGGUGGCCAAGAAGCCUUUAUGGAAAACUAUCUCAUGGCGCAAAAGGAUCAAAUUUUUAAGAAUGUACAGGAUUAUCGGUAUUACUCUUCAUGUUUAGAAGCAUUACUGCAGAACUCUCCGAAUGCCAAAGUUUUUUGUUUAGUGCACAAAAUGGAUCUUAUUGCGGAAGAACAUCGUGACCAAGUUUUUGCUGAGAAAGAGAAAGAUAUUCUUCGACGAUCAGCACUGGAGUAUGAAAAAUGUGGGAGGAAAAGUGCAGUCUGUCAGUGUUUUAAGUCAUCUAUCUGGGAUGAAACGUUGUACAAGGCUUGGUCCACCAUAGUAUAUUCUUUAAUCCCUAAUGUUAUCGCAAUGGAGGAAAAAUUGAAACAGUUCGCUACAGCUGUUGACGCUGAUGAAGUUUUAUUGUUUGAAAAGGCAACUUUUCUGGUUAUUGCUCGUGCUCAAGUUGCGCAGCACACCGACAUUCACAGAUUUGAGAAAGUUUCUAAUAUUAUGAAACAGUUCAAACUCUCCUGCAACAAACUUGGUUCACAUUUCGAGUAUAUGCACGUUCGGAACAGCAAGUUUACUGCUCUCAUUGACAGUUUUACUGAAAAUACAUAUAUUAUGGUCGUUCACAAAGGAUCUGCGGCCUCUGCGACGACGCUUAUGUGUGUACAGAAUGCUAAGAAGCAUUUUGUUGCGUUAGAUGUCAGCUAG